AUGCCACCUUUGGCUGGCUGUAAUGGCCAUGCUUUACUGCUACACCCAUCACUGAAUCAAGAGGGCACCAUAUACCGUGCCAUGAGUCAUGUGGUUAAGCCAAAGCAAAGCGGCGCAUUCAGACAAUGGAACGUUACAGCAGCAGCAUCGCGUCCUGCAAAAUGCCAAUCCAGCUAUGACAGGAAACUCUUCGGUGACUCCUAA